AUGUCAGGGAAGACCCAGAAGUGCAAGAUGCACGACGACCUCAUUGCAAAGUCCGAGUCAGCUUACAAGGAUAUCGUGCGCGAGGCCAAGUCAGCACUUCGUGGCGCCAUGGAGCCGGCGCGCAAGCGCCAGGGAGCCGUUGUGAGCCAGUUGCUCUGGCAGUCGGGCCCCGUCGGCCAGGAUUGCGAGAACGACGACGACGACGACUGUUCGUGUCCGAGCAAGCAUGUUCCGUGGUUAUUCCCAGGAGAUGGUCGAAAGAGAGGCUGCGGAAGCUGGCGUGCCCGUGGCAGCGCUGUUCCAGGGCCCGCCAUCGGAGUGGUUGUGUAG